GGAAAGUGGAACUUUCAAUUGGUAUCAGAGCCAUUAAAGCUUAAGAUACUAGCUUUAAAGAUCAGACAUGGGAGACAUGGAAGAAGGAGCGAAUGUACAACGGCCACCACUGCUGAGAGGACCAAACUACAAUUUCUGGAAGGGGCGCAUGAAGGCAUUCUUGAAAUCACAAGGUGGAAGAGUCUGGAGAAGCGUAGAAACUGGCUGGCAGGUUCCUACAAAGACAGUUGAAGGAUCAGAUGCAAAAAUUCCCAAAACAUUUGAGGAAUACUCAAAGGAGGAAGCUGCAGCUGCUGAAUGCAAUGACAAAGCCUUAAAUGCAUUAUUUGGAGCGGUGGACAGCUCUGAAUACAGACUCAUUGCAAAUUGCACUGAAGCCCAGAAGGCUUGGAAGAUCCUUGAGACAACCCAUGAAGGAGAUGAGAGAGUCAAGACAGCAAAAUACCAAAUUCUCAUGACAAAAUUUGAAAAUCUCAAAAUGGAAGAUAAGGAGAGUAUCACUGAAUUCCAUGGCAGAGUGAGAGUUUUAGCAAAUGAAGCAGAACGCCUUGGAAGACCUUUUGAAGAAGACAAUCUUGUCCUAAAGAUUUGCGAGCAAACUGUUGAGAAGCUGCAACAUGAGCUGAGCCAAAAGGAAACUGAAAAUGCCAAUCUGAGACAUGAACUUGAUCAUCAUAUGAAGUACCAGAAGUGGAUAAACAAAGCAGGAGCAGGAAGUUCACAAGAAUGGAUGCUGAGCACAGAGGCAAAAGCCAUUGAACAUCAAGUGGACAUCUCCAAGAUAGCAACUAUGGUGAGAAGCAAGACUGUCAUACCACGGAAAUUCAAUCAUCCUAGGGCAUCCAAACCACAGCCCUCCUGGUUCAAAAAAUAUUGCCAAGUUCGCCAGAAACUUCAAGAAACAAAGGAGGAAGAGGAACCAGUGGUAAAUCAGGGGACUUCAGUACAUGACACCCACAUGCAACAGCAAGAAGACGAUGUAGCACAUCUCCCAACUCUAGAUCUGCCCCAGGUGCUGCUCAUAGAAUUUCACAAAUCUGAGGAAGAAGUAGAGACAGUUGCGGUGCCAAAGUCAGAUUCAGCACCACCCUUCAACACGACAACCCAGUCACCACCAGAUGCUCAAGUUCAAGCAGACGAAGAGUUUAUCCAGAUCCUAGAUGAAGAACCACUUGUUGCAGUCUCAGAAGUCCCAUUUCAGGAAGAAUCUGCAGAGAAGAAGAGCAAAAAGAAAGUGACUCCCAGUACAAUUCCUCAGCGAAGAUCUAAAAGAAACUUGAAGCUGGAGGAAGAUCCAAUUUCAGAAGCACCACCCCAGAAGAAGCAGUCAAAUUCAUCUACCCCUAUGAGCUCUGCAGUAGAUGUCACACCAGUUGUAAAAACAGGAAAGUCUCCUCACUCUCGCUUUGUUUCCUCAAAAGCUAAAUCUCUUUUCAGUAGUGUGCACAAGAAAUCUAUUAUUGUUCAAAGAAGAAUUGAUGUGGAGGAUUUUAAACUCAAGACCAAUCUGAUUCCUCUCCUUGAAAAAUCCAAACUGAUGAAAUCUGUCACUCUUCAAGGGUCAUUUGUGAAAUCUGUUAUCUGUGAGUUCUACUGCAACCUGUCUGAAUCUGGUGCUGAUUCUGCUGACCCCAUGUUUCAUAAGGUGUUCUUGCGUGGAAGGACCUAUAAACUCUCCCCUGCUCUUAUCAAUACUGCUCUUGACCUUACCCCUAGCAAAAAGGAUACCAACAUCUCUGAAAAGAACAUGUGGUUAGACCUCACAAAUGGUCAAAGAGCCUCCCAGUCAAGCAAAGCAAAAAUUUCCUCCUCAAUCCUCAAAAGUUCCUAUGCUAUUUUAUUAAGGGUUGCAGCACUUCACUGGCUUCCUACUACACACACCAACACUGUUUCCAAGAUUAUGGCCAGACUUCUCUACAAGAUUAAGCACAACAUUCCUUUUGACCUAGGACAACUAAUCUUUGAUCAGAUAAUGCUCUUUGCAGCUGAGAAAUACAAGGUCAACUCCAUUGGGCUUCCCUAUCCAACACUUCUCUACAGUCUACUAGUCUCACAAGGGUUCAGCAAAGAAGAAGAUGAGGAGGAAGAACUAGAAGAGCCACCACUCCAAGUGGACAGCAGACACAUGGAGGGAAAACACUACAAUGACAUGGAGGUUGCUGCUUCAACAACUGCAAAACACAAGGAGACACCCUCUUUGGUGAGAUUCUUGGAGCAGAAAGUGAUGCAGGUUAAGGAGGAGCUAGCCAGAACCUCACAGCUGAAAGAGAAACUGGAGCUUGAGAAGGGUCAGUUGGUGGUGUUGCUGUGCCAGGCUAGGGAGGCGUAUCCAGAUGAGGAGCACACGGACUCAGCAGAGGAGAUUGUUGAGAGCACUCAUUCUGAUGAACAGGAGAGUCACACUGAAGGGGAGAGAGUAUGUGUUUUGCUCACUUGUGACUUGCUUGUGGAUUUCACUGGUUUGUUUAGGUUUGAUGCUGUUGGAUUUGCUUUAUGGUUCUUGUGACAUGUUCUAUUGCUCAGUAUGAUCUAUGCUUGCUCUUAUGCACUUCAUUCUCAAGUUUAUAUUAUGCACGAGGGUCUUGUGACGGAUGUAGGUACAGCUCUGUGUUACACUCUUUAGGUAUUCUAUGUCAUAGUGUACCUACUCUUGAUCGGUUGAAUGUUACUCUUCAAAUCUUUGCCCCAAUUUUUAAAUAAAACUUGGCAUUUUUU